AUGACGGAGACUUCACCUACUCAAAUAAUACCAGAUAUUCAAUCUAGUCAAGAUAAAGAGAAUAAAAGUCCAAAAGAUGUAACUAAAUCUGACUCAAAUAAUGAUUCACAAGAGAAAAAAGGAUUCUUAUCGAUGUUGGGAUUAAAUUUGAGUAAUAACUUCAUGAGUAAAAUAUCGGAACCAACAACAACAUCUACCAGUAGUGGUUUAGAUUUAAGUGUAUUAGAGAGAAUUAAAAAAAGAUUAGGGUCAACAAAUAAUGAAAAUUCAAGUUUGAAUGAUACCCAAGUAAUAAAUAAUGAUGAUACUCAAAAACUUCCAUCACAAACUCAAUCACAAACUCAAUCAACCUUUAAAUUUCAAUUAUUACCUCAAUUAGAAGUCGAUGAAAGUGAAUAUCAAACUAAAUUAACAACACAAGAAGUACCGAAAGUCUCAAAUUUAGAUCCAACUCAAGAACUAUCAAAAAUCUCAAAUUUAGAUCCAACUCAAGUAUUACCAGCUCCAGAUAAGGAUGAAACUACACAAAAAUCAGUUGAGAAUAAUCAAACUCGAGAUUUAGAUACGGUUAACACCAAAGAUGAUCAAACUGCCACCAAUAAAUCAAAUUUGAAUGACCUAUUCGUCACUGAUGAAUCAGAUGUUGGUGAAACUAACACCUUACCAUUAUCUAAAGAUGAAAGACUUCGGAAAAUUACAGAAUUAGCAGAAAAGAAGAAACAAGAAAGACUUGCAAAAGAAAAAGAACAAGAACUUUUACAGAAAGAUUUAACUAAAGGUUCUAUAACUGAUGAGGAAGAUGAUUUAAAUAACGAAGCAAAUGACACAGUCAUUUCAUCGCAUAUGAGAAGUGAUGGAUUAUCAACAAAAGAAUUAGAAAAAGCACAAGAAUUUUUAAUUAUUCAAAAAAGACAAAUUGAUAUAAGGCCUGAUUUUGAAAGAAAACAAACUUUUACAAAGGAUAAGUUCUUGGACUUAUUUUCAGACUCAGAUUCAGAUGAUGCUGAUGAAGAAUUCAAUAAAAGAUAUCUCAAAAAAGACCAUCCCAACACCGACAAUUUGAAGCCAUCAUCACCAGUUCAAGACGACCUUAGAUCUAGCCCUACUACUUCACCAAUGAAAGAUGAUUUAUACGAUUUAUUUCAAAUACCAUCUAAAACACAACCUAAAAAUCCAUUAGAAAUGUAUGCUCAAAAAUUAAAAAGAGAAUUGGCUAGUUCACCUACGUCAAAUACCAAAGUGAUCAAUUUAGAUUCAGAUUCAGAUAUUGAAAUUGGUCAUUCAUCUUCACCUAUCAGAACUACUCAAUUUAAAUCAAAAUUUUCAAAUAAUGCUAAAGAAUUAAAAACAAUUCCUGAACUUAGUAAAGAGAAGAAGUUCUUAAUCAAACAAAAAUUUAUGAGAAAGAAAUAUCAAAAUACAAAGCAAUUAAAGUCUAAGGAUUUAGAAUUAAAGAACAGGCAGCAUAAAGAAUUCUUGAAACAAUUACAAAAGAGGAAUAUUGACCAAUUGAAAACCAAUAGAUUAAACGAUCAUGAAUAUCAAGUGUUAGAAGAAUUUGAAAAAGAAGAAGAAUCUUUAUCAUCAUUGUUGGAAAGAGAAAUGGAGAGAAAUAGAAAUAUAAGGAAGAAAGAGAAAUUACAAGAAAGAGCUAAAUUAGCUUUAUUAGGUAAGAAAUUAGGAAUGAAAAUGACUGAAAGUGAUGAUGAGGAUGAGGUUGGUGAUUCAGAUGUUCCUGAAAGUGACUACGAGUCAAAUAAUUAUGAUGGGCCACUGGCUGGUGAGAAUUCUGAUCCACUGGAAGAUGAAGAAGAGGAAUUAAAAGUGAACGUAGAACAACAAUUAGACGAUUCGGAUGAUUCAAUGGAUAAAGAUCUUUUUGAUGCUGGUAGUAAUAAUGUUGAAGCAACUCAUCCAAAAGAUCAAGAAGACUCAUUCAUUUCAAUUCAAAACGACAAGGGACUUAUUGGACAAUUACCAGAUUUCAAAGACUUGACUCAAUCUCAAACCCAAACUCAACAGGAAACACAAUUUGAUGCUCCAACUCAAGUUGAUACCUCUUUUUCAAAUAAUGAUGGAAAACCGGAUCUUGCAGCAACACAAAUUAUCAAACAAGAAACAAUAAAGAAAGAGUACUAUGAUGACGAAGAUGAUGAUGUUAUUACUCCAGCUCAUGUUAAAAAAGGUCGUAAGUCAUUACAUAAUAGAAUGGUCAAAAUCAAACAAGAAGCUUAUCUGGAUAUAGAAGAAGAAGAUGAAGAUGAAGUAGAAAAUGAAGAUGAUCCAGAAGUAGUUCAACGUAAAGUCAAAGAAUAUGAACAAAAAAUUAGAUUAAAAGAAUUAAAAGCUAGAAAAAGAAGAAAAGAAAUGGAAAGAAAAGGUUUAAAAACCAUACUUGAUGGAGAAGCAGAAGAAUCUGAAGAUGAAUGGAAAGGAUUAGGAGGUAUUGAUGGUGAAUUUAGUGAUGUUGCAAAUUCAGAUGAUGAAAAAAUGAUUGAUAAUAAUUUUAAUAUUGAUUUACAAAAUGAUGAAAUUAGAAAAAAAUUUAUGGAAGAAUAUCAAAUUAAAGAUCAAAAGGAAUUAGAAAAAUUAUUAGAUGAUAUUAAAAAUCAUAAAUUAAUUAAAAGAGUUGGUCAAAAUAAUGGAUUAGACAUUGAAUUGAGUGAUGAAGAAGAUCAAUUAUUAGCUGCUUAUAGAAAACAAAAAUUAAUUGAACAACAAGCUAGAUUAAUGCAAAAUAAAAAAUUACAAGCAUUAAGUAAAAAUGAAAAAUCAAAAGCAUUUUUUGAUACUAUUCAAGAUAAACAUGAAAUUAUUAAAAUAGAUAGUGAUAGUGAAAAUGAUGAUGAUGAAGUAGAAGAAAUUGCAAAUCCAUUCAAAUCUAAUGAAGAAAAGAACAAAGACAAAGAUGAAAAUGAAAAAGAAAAUGAAGACAAUGAUGAUGACUUGGAAAAAGAAGAACCUAUAAAAAAAUCAAUUAAAAUUAAAGAAUCGUUUGUUCAAAAUAAAUUAUCAUUUUUACAUCAAAGUGUUUAUGAUGAUGAUGAUGAAGUAGCUUAUCAAAGAAUUCAAAAAAUGUCAAAUUUUCAAUAUGGAAUAUCAGAUGAUGAUGAUGAUAUAGAUGAUUUAAAUGCAUUAAAAUCAAAAAGUUCAUUAAAUAAAAUAAAUUCAAUUACAGAUUCCAAUGAAACCACUAAUUCUAAGAAGAGAAAUUUAGAUGAAGAAACAGAUAUUGAUUCAGAAGAUAAUGAAUUUUUACCAAUUUUUAAAAGACCAUCAAUUACAAAAUCUUUUAAAUCAUUUCAUGAAGAAAAAGGUGAUAUGGUUAAAGAUGGUAAACAACAUUUUUCAGGUGUUACAAUAAGUAAAUCUUAUAAAGUUGUAUCUGGUUCAAAAGCUUCUAUUACUUAUAUGUCAAAAAAUUCAAAUAAUACUAAACUCAAGAGUUUAAAAGAACAAAAAAUUGAAAAAAAUUUAAAACAAUUUUCAAACAGUAACCAUUCACUGAUUUUUUCAAAUUCUGAAUUUUAA